CCUGCCGCUAGUCCCAGAGAAGCUUAGCGGCCCAACCAGCCCUCCCGCCCACAUUUUCUGAAUCUGAAAAGAAGCCGCACACUUUGCUCCUCAUCCAGUCCGAAGCCACCGUGCCCCUCGCCCUACCCUUUGUCCCCCCCAGGUCUCUAUCCUGUCGCUGUUCACCAUGGCAGCUAACGUCCCCCCUUCCGCUGAGACCCUUCUCAGCGGCGCCGCCGCCCACAAGACCGCCGAAGAGAUCGCCAACCAGUACGACCUGCUGCCCAAGCUGAUCCCCUACCUCGACCGUCACCUCGUCUUCCCCCUGCUCGAAUUCAGCUCUGGCCAGGAGGAUGAUGCCGACAUUAUCCGCGCGAAGUACGAGCUCUUGAAGCACACGAACAUGACCGACUAUGUCGCCAACCUGUGGCAGGAAAUCAACAACUCGGACACAAUCCCUGACGAAUUCGUGAAGAAGAGGGAGGAGGUUCUCGCCAAGCUGCAACACUACCAGGAUGAGAGCGAGAAGAUUACGGAAUUGCUGCAGGAUGAGGCUGUUGUGGGCAACUUGCGGAGCGACAAGGCCGCCAACUUGAAGUUCCUCGAAGAGCAGCACGGAGUUACAAUCGAGAUGGUCAACAGUCUGUUCGAUUACGGUCGGUUCCAGUACAGCUGCGGUAGUUACGGAAAUGCUGCCGAGCUGCUGUAUCAGUUCCGUGUCCUCUCCACCGAUAACGACAAGGUUGCCUCGGCCACAUGGGGUAAACUCGCCUCGGAGAUUCUCACCACCAACUGGGAGGCGGCGAUGGAGGAAGUCCAGAAGGCAAAGGAUUCGAUCGAGACCCGGCUAUUCAACAACCCUGUUGGUCAGCUUCACAACCGCUCGUGGUUGAUCCACUGGUCGCUCUUCCCCUUCUUCAACCACGACCCCGCCCGCGACGUCCUCACCGACCUCUUCUUCUCCCCGGCCUACAUCAACACCAUUCAGACCAGCUGCCCCUGGGUGCUUCGAUACCUCGCUGCCGCAGUUAUCACAAACCGGAAUCGCGCACACAAGAACAGCAGUGCGUACCAGAAGCAGCUGAAGGAUUUGAUCCGCGUUGUCCGUCAAGAGGGUUACGAAUACAACGACCCGAUCACCGAUUUCGUCAAAGCUCUGUACGUUGACUUUGACUUCGAGGAGGCCCAGAAGAAGCUCGGCGAGGCCGAGGAUGUGCUGCGGAGCGACUUCUUCCUCGUUUCUGCUGCCGACGCUUUCGUUGAGGCUGCCCGUCACCUGAUCUCUGAGAGCUACUGCAAGAUUCACCAAAAGAUCGAUAUCAAGGAUCUGUCCACUCGCCUCGGCCUGAACCAAGACGAGGGUGAGAAGUGGAUCGUCAACCUCAUCCGUGACACCCGCGUCGACGCCAAGAUCGACUACAAGGAAGGCACAGUGAUCAUGAACCACCCUCCUCAAUCCGUAUACCAGCAAGUUAUCGAGAAGACAAAGGGCGCCUUCUUCCGGACACAAGUCCUCAGUGCGGCCGUUGCCAAAUAAACAACCCCUUAUUCUACACACAAAGGAACUCGUCUUUUUUGUUUUCUCGAAUCCAAUCCUCGUUGGUUCCGUUCAUGUUGGUAGUAUUCCCCUGCAGUAUGCGCGGGCUUCCUGAUUGAAAUGAAUGGGAAACCCAGCAGAGUGGCAUCAGGCCGGCGUUCAGGUGGUCCGCUUUUCGAAGUUUCUUCUUUUCCUCCUAUUACCAUCCUCCUACCUUACUACCUCUUCGCGUCCUCCUCAUAUCCUACUCUCGACCGACUCUCGGAAGAAAUUUAGCUGAGCAACUACCUCCUCGGACAAAAAAAGACUUCGAGAGAAAGGAAGAGAAGACGUCGAGUUGAACGAAGUCCACUCAAACAACCACUACAUCCGUUCACCCCUCACGACCUGAAACAAACUUUCCUAGAAAUUCCGCCAUGUAUUGACUUGACUUGACCUGACUUGAUCGAUGUUGUUACGAAUGACCUACCUAUAGAGAUUAUGGAAAUAUUUAGGUGUUCGAUUCUACCUUCCUCCCGCGUAAAACACAAG